AUGUGCGACACUGUCGCCCAUUCGACCGAUGUCUUCUUCUCUGCAGGCUUCGACCUUACACCGCAGCGAACCACAGGUGACUACGAGCACCACACAACAGGCAAUUUCGAUGAGCGUACUGGGGUGCCUGGCAUGAUGCAGUCUGAGCCAUAUAACCACAGUCCGGGUAGUGGCGAGAGAAGUCCUCUCAGUCAAUUCGACUUCCUAAAAAAUGUCAACAAGAAACAGACCAAAGAUGGCCAAACUCCCAAACGUCGAGGACCAAAGCCCGACAGCAAGCCCGCGCUCACUCGACGCCAGGAGCUCAAUCGACAAGCGCAAAGGACACACCGCGAACGCAAGGAGAUGUACAUCAAAGCUCUGGAGCAGGAAGUCCUACGUCUAAAGGAGAUCUUUACCAACACUACCCGAGAGCGCGACACAGUCAUGGAGGAGAACCGGAAGCUUCGCGAGUUGCUGAAAGCGCACGGUAUCCACUACGACUUCGCAACUUCGCCUGUCAAGUUCUCGCGAGAGAACAGUGGAUAUGGCCCAAGCUCGAGUGGAAGCAUAUCUGGUAGCUACAAUCCAGGCUCAGGUACCGAGAGCACCAGCUACAGCCCGCCACCAGUGCCCGGCCAAGCACACAUUGCUCCGGCACCCGCGAAGAUCGAAACUUCACCAAAUGCACAGGGUCCCAUGCAAAACCUUGCACAGCUGCCGAACAAUCGUCUCGACUAUGAUCAGAUUGGUAUAGACUUUGUCUUGACACUCGAGCGACCAUGCAUGGAUCACAUGCAAUACCUUCUCGUCCGAUCACACAACCCCGAAGAGCAGCCUUUCCACCAUCCGAUGGAGAAUCCGGACGAUGCAGAGCAAGAGCAUAUGUCAGGGCAUGCUCUUAUGGGCACGGCGCCUCCACACAGUCAUAUCAUGGAGACGCCGUAUGAGAAGUAUCCAUAUCAGAUGCCGCAAGGCAUGAGCGCAGAAGGCUUGUCGAAGCUGUUGGACUUGAGCAAUCGGUUGCCAUUCGAGCACUACUCUGAGAUCACGCCGGUGAUGGCAUGGACAACAUUGCUGAGGCAUCCGAGGUUCGGGGAGCUGACUGCGGAUGACUUCGAGUGCAUGAAGAAUGAUCUUGGGACGAAAGUGCGAUGUUAUGGCUUCGGCGCCGUACUCGAGGACUUUGAGCUCACAGAUGCGCUUGAGACGGUCUGGACGAAGAAGUCGCAGGGCCAGUCUGCAUUAUCGAUUACGCAGGUGACGCAGAUCACGGCUACGCAGCAGGUCGCUGCUUACUGA